AAAUCCUUGAAGUGCCCAAAGAACGUCUAAACUUGAUACAAACAUAACUGAAAUCCCCACUUAGCCUUUGAAUGCGCUACAACAGAAAUGCCUGUAAACGAUUUUGUAAACGAUGUGUUGUAUUUAUUUUUAUUCUGGCGGGUCGUGGGGACAAAAAGUAAGAACAGGAUUUGACCACGUGGUGGAGGAGUUGGACUCGGGUCGUCUGCAGGCUGCUGAUGUGUACAUAGUGAUAUUACAAGGAAGGUUGAGAUGUGUUUAUUUGUUAUGCAAUACAGACAAUACCAUCAGAUGAGACGUUAGGAUUCUUUUUUUCUUUUUUGGAGAGGAAAAACGGGGUGCUGUUGGGCGGCUAACGCUUUCCUUGCAGCGUCUCUUGUUGUGAUGCUGUUCAGGCUGAGAUGUGUCCCGCCUCCCCGGGAUCCCUCCUGUGACGUACCCAAACAGUAAACUUUUCUCCCCAGUUAUGCAGCCUUGUGUCAACAACCUCACACGAUCCGUGGAGAAGUCGCAGAAGUGGGACUGUUUCGAGGCAGCCUGCGCACAUUUCUCAGGCUUUCGGGCUCCGGUGGGGGACAGAAAACAGCGAGUGACGUGUCCACAUUGGGACAGGUCUCGCCAAAGAUGCCAAACUCUUGCUGGCCUGGAGUUUUUCUCCCGGCAAUAGCUGUUGCCAUUGUUGUGGGAGGUUCGGUCAGUGCUCAACAUUCCGGUAGCCUCUUUCCUCGUCCAAGGAGGACCUCAGAGCCAGUUGUGAUUCCACGCCACGUUUCUCCACAUUAUCUGAGCAGAGACGAGCUCAGACGGCUACGCUUCAAGCCCACUAUUCGCUCCAUCCAGCUGUCAGAGGGUCAUGAGGCUAAAUUCAACUGCUCCAUCGAUAUCCCCGAUGCCAGGCUGGACCCCUCCAUCACCUGGAAGAAAAACGGCGAGGACCUGCCCACAAACAUUCAUGUCGUGAUCAAUGAGCUCAGGACUAUUGGGGAUGGGGUCACGACUCUCCUCUCAACCGUUAUCAUAGAUCAGGUGCAGAGAAUGGAUGCUGGAGAGUAUCGUUGCACUCUGAGUAUAGGUAACGAGAUGAAACAGUCCCAGCCGGUCGUUCUAGAGGUUGAAGGUCUGCCAACAUUUACUCAGCACCCAGAGGAUGUGAAUGUAACAAGAGACACACCUUUCACCCUAUCCUGCGCGGCAGAAGGACCUCCAGGACCUGUUCAGAUCCGCUGGCUCCGGGAUGGAGUACAUGAUAGUGAUUUGCAUAACUCACCAAGCAGCUUUUCUGUCUCAGGUGUGGACAAGUACACCCGGUUCAGCUGUGAGGCUCUCAACAGAAAAGGUGUCACCACAUCAAGAGAGGCAAAUGUCAACAUCAAAGUUCUCCCCAGUCCCAUGUCUGCUGUUACCGUAACUGAGAGGCAGGCCAAUAAGUUGAUGUUGAAAUGGACUCCUGGACAUGACGGCUUCUCUCCACUGACGAGGUGCCACAUCAGGGUGAAAGAGGUGAGUCAGAGGAAAGGGGAAGUGAUGACCACCAGACUCGUCAACGUCACAGUGCCACCGUUCAAUUGUGAAGUCCCUGGGCUGAAGGCCAUGACGUGGUACAACAUGAGUGUUUCCUGUAGCAACGAGGUGGGGGCCUCUGUUGUCUCCAUGUGGAUCCAGAGCAACACCACCGAAGGAGUGCCAUCAGUUUAUCCUCAAAAUGUGACUGUCCAGCUGAAUGAAUCAGGGCUGGUGAUCAAAUGGAAGCCUCCACCAGAUGAUAAAUUAAAUGGCAUCCUGCGUGGUUACGAUGUUCUUGUGAGACGGGGUUCAGAUCACAAAAAGGUCCACACUGAUUCCACCACAUUAGUGGUAGCUUUGAAGGAAUUCAACACAACCUACAGCGUGGAGGUGGCUGCAUGCACACAGGCAGGGAGCGGCAUGGUCAGCCCACGGGUCUGGUUCUUUGUGCCAGAGGACAAAUCAGCGGUGACCCCUUCGUCCAGUCCUGACUUCGGGGUUACAUACUCGGUCUCGGUUGUGCUGGCUGUGGCGUGUGCCAUCUGUCUUGUGUUUCUUAUCUUCUUGGGGAUGCUGUGUUUACGCAACAGGACUUCCUACUCUUGUUUUGGCCAGGAGUUUGGAGGUGGAGAAAAGCCUGUCAUCCAGUACUCAAACCAGAGAUCCUACAAUCGAUCAGCAGUGGCGAUAACACUUGGAAACCUCGGUGUAAGCGACGAACUCCAGACAAAACUUCAGGAUGUGAUGAUCAUGAGGAACUUGCUGACAAUUGGGAAAGUUCUUGGAGAGGGUGAAUUUGGCUCAGUGGUCGAAGGACAUUUAAAACAACUUGAUGGUUUUACAGAGAAAGUUGCUGUGAAGACAAUGAAAUUGGAACACUUCUCUCAAAGGGAGAUCGAAGAGUUCCUCAACGAAGCCGCCUGCAUGAAAGAUUUCGAUCAUCCUAAUGUCAUCAAACUCCUUGGUGUGUGCUUAGAAACUGGCUCUGGACAUUUUCCAAAACCCAUGGUCAUCCUCCCUUUUAUGAAGUAUGGAGAUUUACACAGCUUCCUGCUGCGCACGCGUCUCGGAGAGAGUCCGAUGUUCCUACCCACUCAGACACUCCUGAAAUUCAUGGUUGAUAUCGCUUUAGGAAUGGAGUAUCUCAGUGGUCGUAACUUUCUGCAUCGUGACCUGGCAGCACGCAACUGCAUGUUGCGUGAUGACAUGACAGUUUGUGUGGCAGACUUUGGGUUAUCUAAGAAGAUCUAUAGUGGGGAUUACUACAGGCAGGGCAGAAUAGCCAAAAUGCCUGUAAAAUGGAUUGCUGUGGAAAGUCUGGCAGACAGAGUUUUUACUGUAAAGAGUGAUGUGUGGGCGUUUGGCAUUACCAUGUGGGAAAUUGCUACACGAGGCAUGACGCCAUACCCUGGGGUACAGAACCACGAGAUUUAUGACCACCUUGUUGAAGGCCACAGACUGAAACAACCGCCAGACUGCUUGGAUGAAUUGUAUGAGAUCAUGUUCAGCUGCUGGAGAGCCGAUCCGGUGGACCGACCCUUGUUUCCCCAGCUGCGGGAAAUGUUGGAAAAGCUUGCUGAGAAGCUUCCAGAGAGUUCCAGCAGAGAGGACAUUAUUUACAUUAACACCAGCUUUCCCGAAGAAGACCCUGAUGGGAUGGCCUUUGAUGCAGAACAGCAAGCAUUGACCUCUUUCCCCUCCUGCAGCCAUCACGCUGCGGAAAACACAGUAGUUACUGCCGACGUUCACGGGCGCCUGGAGGAUGAAGAUGAGGAGGGCAGUGAUCGUUACGUAGUGGUUAUCUCCACUAAUUCUUCUGUCAGAUCUCCUACAAUGGACACUCCUCUUUUGUCAGGGCAUUCGUCAAGUCAAGCGAAUGGCGAUACGGUUACAGAUGUCACGAUAAUGGACCACAGCUCAAGCAGCACUUCGUUACUGCUAUAACAUGCCAUUCCUAUCCAUUAGGACAGACCUGUGACAAAACUCUCACCUAUAUUCCUCAGUACUAACGGUUUUGCCUUGUUGGACUGGGGGCACCUUCCUCUGUCCUCUUAUGGAUGUUUUGUUGAAUUGUAUAUAUACAGAUUACACUUUAUAUGGCCAGCUUACAUUUCAUUGUUGGAAAUAUUUAUUGUGUGUCGAUAUUAAACAUUGUAAUGCACAUGUACCAUAAGCUUCAGACACACUGAGCUGUGAAACCAUUUAUUACUUGGAAUUAUUUGUUGUGAUGUAAAUAUAGAUAUGUACAGGGCAUUUAUAAAAUUGUGUUGUGAAAAUAAAAGUUGACUCCCUGAAACCUGAAUUGUAUUUGAAAAUGGGGGUUCUUUGAUCUGUUACCAUUACAAUUAAUGGAGGUUUGGGAAGGGGAAACGACUCAAGUCCUCCACUUAAAUGGAAGAUAAAGCCAGCAGUGUAUUAACAGAGGAGCAUUAAACUCUUACAUGGAGAUAUAUACAUGGAAUAUAUGUACAUUAAUGCAGUAAAUGGUAUUGUGCAAUAUCGAAAAAAUAAAUGUUGUGUUUAC